AUGCUGAGGCCUGCUCCAUCCUCCGCAGCACUCUCAACCUCUGAGGUGGCGCUGGCCGCCCUCAGCCACCUGCAGAGCUUGGAAAAACACUUGAAAAAUGAAGAUAUUUCAUUCAGUGGGGAAAUUGUGCAGCAUCUUGAAGAUACUAUUGCUGCUAUUAAGAAAUUGGAAGAAAUUCGAAGACAUACCCUUGAAUGCCUAGAAGAGGAGACUAUAAAAAACAGCAAUCUUCGCUUCAGAAUAAAGAAUUUUUCAGGAGAAAGUAUUGCAGAGAUGACAGCUCUUAUUACUGCUGCACGUGAAUCUAGUGCUGCUAAGAUACAUCAGCUGCUGUCUGCAUUGGAAAGCAUUGCUUAUAAAAUUGAAUUACUGACUGAGAAGCAAACCCUUUGUGAAAGACAGAAUGCUGAACUGUGUGAUGAACAAGAAUAUUUGCAGACACAGCAUAAAGAAAGAGGAGACUUGCUGAAUGAAAGGAUGGCAACAAAAGUUAACACAAACGCUCUCUUAAUUGAAACUUGUGAUAAAACAAGAGAGAAAGAAAAAGAAAUAAUCAGGACAAAAGCAGCAUUAGCAGAACUUAAAGAAAAAAUAGCUGAAAAAAUAAGUAAACUUGAGAAAGAGAAAGAAGACUAUGAUAAAGAGAAUAAAGAAAUGAAAAAAACCCUUGAAUCUCAGGAGGCAAAAACUUCCCAGAAAAAGCAUGAAUUUGAAAACUUGAGCGUAAAAUCUUCAGAUCUGCAGCAUUUGAUAAGUCUGAAUUCAACAGCUGUACUUGAUGAGGAACUUGCCCUACAAAAACUGAGAGAGGAAAGCAAGCAACUAGAAAAAAACUUGGAAUUAAAAAAGAUAGAUAUGCUGGCAUUCUCAGAACAGAAGAUUCAGCUUGAAUCUGAGUUACUGCUUUUACAAUCAAAAAUUGCCCAAGAAAAGGAAGAAUUCAAUAAGGAACUUGAAAAAACUAAGGAAGAUCUAUGUAAUGCUAAAUGCCUGAAUAAAAAACUGAAAUUAGAAAAUGAAACUGUGCGCCAAAAGUAUGAACAAGUAUUGGAAGAACAGCAGCUCUGGACUAUAGAAAGGGAUGAGAUAGUGGCAAAAUCAGAAGAAUUAUCUUUUUUAUUGAAGAAAAAGCUUAAAUCUCUGGAAAAUCUUGUGAUGAAAAAGAAACGCCUAGAGAAAAAAAAUGAAAAUCUUGAAGUCAGCCUACUAAAUAUCAAGAAGAGCUAUGCAGAACAGUUGGCAUCUCUAGAGCAAGAUCUGAAGGCAGAAAAUAAGACAAGAGUAAUAUGUCAGUGGAAACUGCUGUACUUAGCAAUGCAGAGAGAACUCUUUUUCUCAGUAGAAGAGAACAGAAACAGAAAAGUGAAUGAAAGAAUAGAAGCUGGUAAAAAAAGACACGCUGAACUACUUGCAGAGAUUGAACACCUUGAGGAAGAAAUCUUUCAGUCUGAGAACCAAUUCAAAGUCCUGAGUGAAGAAGCAAGUAAGAAGGAAAAUUAUUACAAGAAUUAUAACAAGGAUUUUGCUAACAAAAUAAAAUGUCUGGAGAAUGACAUCAAAAAUGCAACUGAAAAUUUACUUAAAAAAGAACAAGAAUUAAACAUAAGCAAGCUAACCUUGGAAGAAGCCCAGAGAGAAACAGAAGAGAAGCAUACAAAGUAUGAAGACCUAAACAAAUCUUUUUUAGAAAAGAAAGAUGAAGAGGUACGAGCCACAAGAGCCAUUCAGCAGUCAAUCGAAACUACUGGGAAGCUCAAGAAGGACAUGCUGGAGCUGAAGAAUAAAUUGCGAAUGAAGCGUGAUGCUGCAGUUACCCAGUUGAAAAACCACACAGAGUCUAUGAAGCUGCUAGCACGAGACAUCUAUGAGAUCAACAGGAAAAUUGACAUUGUGUACACCGAGAACUGCAGAUUCAAAUUACGCAAUGCACAGAUGAAAGAAGAUGUUUUUGCAAUGAAUUCUGAAGCAGAAAAACACAAGUCAGCAAUAGGCAAAAUCCUGAAAGACGUCUCAGUGCUUCACGAUCAUCUUCAGAAGGGGUGGUCAGAGGAGAGCUUUAUUCAAAAGGAAUUCCUGGAGGAUGAGCAGGAACUACUGAACACAAUGACAGCUCUAACAACAAAAAUUCAGCAACAAGAUGAAAAGAUUGGUGAUAUUAAUAGCAGGCUGCAAAAUAACCUGGAAGGACUGGAUUCUCUGCUUGUCCAAAAAUCUAAACUGGAUGAUGACAGCAAAAUAGACUAA